AUGUCGGAGGAGCAGGUGUCAGACUGUGUUGAAGGUGUUCAAAGAUUGUUCAGCAACUCACUCAUGAUGAGGGAAAAGAGCAACAAGGGGAAAAUGCCCGCUCGGAAAUGCGACAUGUGUAGAGUAAUACAGGGUGCUGUGCUUGGACCUUUGAAGAGGAGCAAGGUGUUUUCUCAUCUCAAUAAAUUGAAAGCAGAGGUGACAGUUCACACUCUGGCCGAGGCAUUUCACCUGCCUCAGCAAGAGGCAAUUGAAAAAUUCAUAAAGGGGCCAAAGUAUGAACCAUGUGAGUUUAAAAUGAUUGCAAAUGAUCUGGUGAGGCAUUUACCAGAGGAGGCAGCAGGGAGGCUGAAAGCUUUCCAAGAGAGAUGGAGAUUGGCGCUCUCCUCUGAAGCCUUUCUCUCACGAUUAUAA